UGUAUGUAGUUCUCAUUGACAGCUACUGCAGCACAUUCUCACACCUGUUAGAGAUGCGGAAGGUGGUGGUUGUUACCGGGGCCAACAGUGGCAUUGGUUUGGCUCUCUGUGAGAGACUCCUAUCUGAAGAUGACCAGAUUCGCCUAUGCUUGGCUUGCAGAAAUAUGCAGCGGGCCGAAGCAGCCCGCUUUGCCCUCCUCUCCUCUCACCCAUCAGCUGAUAUCAGUAUCUUGAGAGUUGAUGUAGGUAACUUAAAGUCAGUAAUACAGGCAGCAAAAGAGUUAAAAGAAAGGUAUCAGAGAGUUGACUUUCUCUACCUAAAUGCUGGUAUAAUGCCUAACCCGCGAAUCAGCCUCCAAGCUUUUAUUAAAGGCCUUUUCUCCAGGAAAGCCAUCAGCAUGUUUGCCACAGGAGAGGGACUCCUGACCCAAGAGGACAAGGUGACUGAAGAUGGCUUGCAGGAGGUUUUCGAGACCAAUGUCUUUGGCCAUUAUAUACUGAUACGAGAGCUGGAACCUCUAUUGUGUCACACAGAUAUCCCGUCACAACUCAUCUGGACGUCUUCAAGCAAUGCCAGGAGGUCGGCUUUUAACCUAUCAGAUUAUCAGCACAGCCAAGGCCAAGAAUCGUACAGCUCCUCCAAAUAUGCCACUGACUUGCUUAGUUUGGCUUUGAACAAGCACUUCAAUAAACAGGGAAUGUAUUCUAGCGUUGUGUGCCCAGGGCUUGUGAUGACCAACCUUACAUAUGGGAUACUGCCAUCUUUCUUCUGGACGUUAAUCAUGCCAAUUAUGUAUCUGAUUCGUGUGUUUACAAACUCUUUUACCAUCUCCUCCUACAAUGGCGCAGAAGCACUGCUGUGGCUUUUCAAGCAAAGACCAGAAGCUCUAAAUCCUCUAGCAAAAUAUCAAAGCUGUACAUCCGGGCUGGGCAAUAACUAUGUGGAACAUACAAAUAUGGACCUGGAUGAAGAAACCAGUGACCAGUUUUAUAACAAGCUCCUGGAAUUAGAGAAGCAGGUUCGAAAGAAAAUUACCUCUGUAAAUAAAUAAGAAUAAAAAAAAACAAACAAAAAAAAAAACAUCUCAAUUUGAUACAACCGGCAAAUAAAAUCUCAGGUUACUGUUUGCCACUGAUGCAUCAAACCCCGGAAUCCUUUGGGACCAGAAACCUCAAGAAAGCUGCUUCUUUUGAUCUAACUUCAGUUUUUUUGUAUUGUAGGAGAAACCAACUUAAAUAUGCAGGGAACAGUAACAAAGCACUGUAAGGAAAGAUCACAAGAAUGUACCAUAAAUAAUUAUUGCCUUGAAACUUGAAUUUGAGACAAUACUUAAUCAUGUCCUGUUGGGGCCCUGUAUGGGAGAGUAUUACAUUAUACUAUACUAUAGGCCGUUAUCUACACUGUUUAUAUUUAAGACAAGGAGGGUACAUUUCUUUUAGCAUUAAAAUACUCUAAAGAAACAUUAAACUUGUUCAUAUGAAAGA